CCAGCGGACCCGGGCGCUUCCAAGCAGGCGCGCGCGGUCUGCCGGUGAAAAAGGGGGAUACGAUCGCGGCGGCGCGGACUUGCCCCCGGACGGCAAGAGCAACAUGGAAGUGAAAGAUGGAAAUGCGGCCCUUCUCAGCAAUUAUGAGGUCUACAAGCUGCUGACUGAUCUGAAGCAGCAGCGCCGAGAGACUGGGAAAAGCAAGCAGAGUGCUGGCCAGCAGAAUCUAAACACAAUCAUGUAUGAAACACUGAAAUACAUAUCUAAGACACCAUGUAAGUUCCAGAGUCCUGAGGUUGUAAGAGAUUUCCUCAUAGCACUGAAAAAUCACAAGUUAACAAAGGCAGAAAAGCUGCAACUACUCAACCACAGGCCUGCAACUGCCGUUGAAAUCCAGCUGAUCGUGGAAGAAAGUGAGGAGAGGCUUACAGAAGAGCAAAUUGAAUCCCUUCUCCAGACAGUCACCAGCAUGCUACCUGGAGACCCGGAACAGGAGCAGCAGCAGCAGCAGCAGCAACCCAUGGUUGUGGAAGAGGAGGGAAGCCAGACGUAGGAGAAGUGUAAGCUACUUGAACUGCAGGAGACAUCCUUCCCCAAUUUUAGCACCAGGGAGAGUUGGCCAAACUCUUCAUUUGCUGUGAGGAUCUGCGGAUUUUCCACUGUUUGCAGGAUUACUACACAACAUUGUCACUACACAUUGUCAUUUGUACACCAUGGGUACAUUAUUAUUUACAGUAUAAACUCUUUAAGGAAAAAAACA